UUCUGGUAACUCUACAAGUGGUUUAGAAAUUAGAACGGCCCAAAAAUUGCACAUAGUAGUUUUUGGGCAGAGAAAUUUCAUUUUCAUUAAUGGAAUUACGUGCAAAUUAUGUGAGGAAUAUGAAUUGGUGUUCUUAAUUGGUAAUUUAAUUAAAUUAUAUGAGUUUUAUAACAAAUAAAGUUAAGUGCAAUAUUUACAAUAUACGUAAUCUCCAACAACUUUACAUCGUGCUGCAAUGGGCAAAGAUCAAGAGCUGUUGGAGGCAGCACGCAUCGGAAAUAUUGCUGUUGUAGGCAAAAUACUUGAGCAGAUUUCGAAACGUAACAGUGGGCCAUUCUCAAGUUUUCGGCGUAGCCCAUGCAUCAAUAGUCAAGAUGUAAAUGGCUAUACGCCACUACAUCACGCAUGUUUAAAUGGACACGGUAAUAUUGUGCGACUGCUAUUGAUGCAAAAUGCUGCGCCCGAUAUGCCGGAUAUACGUGGAUCAACACCCUUAUAUUUAGCAGCUUGGGCUGGUCAUGAUGAGAUAGUAAAACAGCUCUUGCUGCACACACCAAAAGCAGCAAAUCCAAAUGCACAGACUAUCGACAAUGAGACACCAUUGCAUUGUGCCGCACAACAUGGCCAUAAUACAGUGCUAGCCAUUUUACUUGCCUAUGGUGCUGAUCCAACUGUGCGCAAUAAUAGUUUUCAAACUGCAUUAGAUCUAGCCGCGCAAUUCGGCCGAUUACAAGCAGUACAAACCUUAAUACGCACACAUCCUGAAUUGUUAGCACCAUAUCGUUCAACUGGUAGCCGAACGCCUACAACUUCAGCUAUUGAAUCUACGCCGUACACAAUUUCACCUUCAACACAUUUAUUCACACACACAUGCUUGCAUUUAGCUAGUCGUAACGGCCAUAAAAAAGUAGUGGAAGCACUCUUAGCCGCCGGUGUCGAUGUAAACAUUAUGACUAAUUCGGGCACUGCCCUUCACGAGGCUGCACUUUGUGGCAAGAAGGCUGUGGUCAAUGUGCUGCUACAAGCUGGUGUUAAUCCAAAUGCUACCGACGGCUCAGGGCAUACAGCACUAGAUUUGCUCAAGGAUUAUCCACCACAUGUAACUUACGAAAUCGUAUGCGCAAUAAAAGAUUUUUAUAAAGACGCCUCGAAUGGUACACACUUUAAGCCAAUAAACGAGCUGAGCGACGGUGACGAGCAUGAGCGUAGCGAUAGUUCCAUCUCGCCAGUGCCAAAUCUAGCCUUCGAACGAAGGCAGAACGAUGCAAAAGUCAGUGCUAUUGCACACAAGGAAUUUUUAAUGCCAAAGACUGUGAAACCAAAUAGACUUUCUGUUUCGAUGAGUUCUCUCGAGCAGACCUGCAAGCCGCAAUCUAACUAUUUACCAAUGAAACCGAUUCUUUGGCAAAACUCCCAUACAGACAUUGCGCCUGCUUUUUGUCCAGACGGCCGCAAUGUUGUGGCUGCCUUUUCAGCAGUAGAGAAACAGCGAUCACUGUUUAGUGUUUUCAAUACUCAACACCGCACCCGUAGUCCCAGCGGCCCGAGUAGAUAUGGUGGCCAUGCGCAAAUGACGCACAAAACAAACGAAAGUGUUCCAUUGACCCGAACCGGUUCGGCGCAUGAACUCCAUGGUCUUAAUACGAAACGCGCUAUUAACGCCAACACCCGCAAUCGUUGCGUGGAUGAGUAUGUAGAGAUGACUGACCCAAAUUGUUUUACACGCUCCUCGCCAAAUGUUACAGCGCCCGUUCAUUUACAAAAAUCGCAUUCGUCCAGCACGCAUGUGUCUACACGACAGCGUGGUGUUGAUGAGUUUGUAAAAGUGUCUAAUUUAAACACUUUUACAAGCGUCGCCAAUAACACUACACUACCGAAAAAACCCAUACCAAGUCCACGUUCCAUAAAGACCAACGACUAUGCCAAUAUUAAUCACAUGUUAACCACAUCAAAUUCAAAUAUUAAUCGCACGUAUGCGGCGGAAUCGUUAUCACCAACCAUGCCUCAAAAACCGCAGGACCAAAGCCCAACACCACCACCGGCGCCGCAGCCAAUAAGCAAGCUAUCGCCCGCAAAAGAUGCGAACAAUAAUUGCCAUAAUAUUAACGAUAAGAAACACUCGCCGACACCCGAUUUUCCGCCACCGUCGGUUACACAGGCGGAGCAUACAAUACUCGAAUUUAUGCGACCUACCAGCGUCCAUAACAAGCGUAAAUCAUUGGGGCUGAAACAUCAUCAACCACAUCCAGAUUUAGAAUCCUUCAUUGUGGAAGCAAUAAAUCAAUUUGAGCUGCCAGAUUCUCCAUUGAGCUCACGUGUUUCAGAUUGUGUGGAGGAGUUUGUGGGUGACGCGCCUUUUGCAGGUCUUUUUAAAGGUUCCACUUUAAAUUUGGCGUUGGAUGUCAAGGAGGAUGGUUCCGCCGUUAAACGUGCUUCUAGUGGCUUACGCUCACCGAGUUUGGUGCGCUCGAUAAAACCGCUGCCACCCAAACGAAAUAUUUCGCAGUCGCGAAAAUCUGUUGAUAACGAAAAUUUCAAUGCUGCCCAAGUGUGGGCAGAGAUUGAUACAAUACUAGAAAGUAUUGGUAAUGAGGUCAAUGAACAGUCGCAAAAAAUAUUGGAACUCAAUAAAAGCAACACCUUGAACAACAAGGAUUCAUUGCAAAUACGUAGGCCAGCUGCUUUGUGUUUGGGUAAUAACGAUGAUUGUGCAAACAACUGGUGCCAUUCGCCAAAUACACUUAUUUUUGGACAAAUACUCUACACAGUAUAUUAUCUAGGGUCCACUGUUAUACGUGAAUUGCAUGGUACUACGUCCACGCGAAAAUCCAUAUUAAAAUUUAAACGAAAUGCCACUCCACUGCCGGUAGUUAAGGAGCGCGAAUCGAACCUAUUGAAGGAUUGCAAUAAUUUAACCAAAAUGCUCAAAGAGUCUAAUCAAGAUACGCGCCUAAAAGUUGGUCUUGCUGUGUCCUGUGCUGGUGUUAAGUUUUUAAAUACCGAAAAUAGUUCCACCAUUUGUACGCACGAUAUCGAAAACAUCAAUUGCGUGUGCCAGGAUGCUGAGGACCUGCGUUAUUUUGCUUAUAUUACUAAAGAAGAAGAUAUGCAUUACUGUCACGUUUUUAUGGUGGAUAAUUUGGAAUUAUCGCAUGAGAUAAUUUUGACGUUGGGAGAGGCUUUUGAAGUUGCAUAUCAGUUAGCUUUAAGCAAAGACGAUGUCGCACCGUUUUCUAAUAAUUCAUCGUCUAUGGAAAAUAUAGCCGAGGUUUAGUUUGACCUAUAACUAACUGCUAACUAUAAUUUUUAAUUCUAUUUCAUUUUGUAUUCAACCACUAGUCGUUGGUCUUUAUAAUGUAAAACUGUAUUAAUGAUGGUAUUUAAAGCCUACAAGGUUUUGUUUAUCGCAUUUUUUACGAUUCUUGCAAGAUCGUACGUCGCUUUUCGAGUUUUGUUAAUUUUUAAUGUUUUAAU